AAUGAACAGAAGGUGGUAAAGGUCUCUGAUGCUGCAGUUUUGGCAGACGAUUACAUAUUGACUCAUAAAGAUUUUGUGGAUAAGGUGGGUUUUAAACACUUUAAUCAUAAUACACACAAAGAUAGUGAGUCAUUUCUUAAACCAAGUGGGUUAAAUCGCUUCAAUAGAAGUACUGUUGGUCGUGAGGAUCGAGUAUGUCAUUUUUGUCAUAAACGUGGACAUGUUAGGGCAGACUGUUUCUUGUUUAAAAGAGGUGUGAAGCAAGGGCAGUUUACUCCUAAGGGAGCAGGUUUGGCUGCACCAGUGAGAAAUGUGGCAAAUAUACAGGAGUCUACUUCUGCAGUUUGUGCUUAUUUGCCAUUUAUUCGUGAAGGUUUUGUGUCAUUGCCAGGCAGUAAUAAAAAGGUCCCAGUGAAGAUUUUGAGAGACACAGGAGCAGUUGAUUCAUUUAUUUGUGCUGAUGUACUGUCAUUUUCAGCUGAUUCUGAGACGGGCACGUGCAUUCCAGUUAAAGGAAUGGGGUUAAAUGUUUUUUCUGUUCCUUUGCACAAAGUAAUGCUUGAGUGUGAACUGUUUCAGGGUGAGGCAUUAUUAGCAGUGCGCCCUGCGUUACCGAUAGAGGGAAUCUCAGUGAUCUUGGGUAAUGGUCUGGUUGGUAAUCGUUUAUGGGAAGAUGUUGCAAAGUUGGAUGUUCUUUCUGGAGUUC